AGAAUCAGUAAGUGGCAUAUUCAAAAGUUGUGCGUCACAUACAUUUGUCUACAAAUUUCCACUAAAUACUCUAUAUAAGGAGGAAAAACUGAUAUCUUCCAAAAAAAAUCGAAUUUGCCUUUUCAUUUACACUAUCGUCCCAUUCAUUUCCCGUAAUGCGCCUUUAUUUCCUCUAAAUUGGUUACUGGAGUAUUCAUUUUUAGCAGUAACUUCAUCAUUAUUUUGGAAUUGAUAUAGUUGGUCCACCACAGAAUCCUAUGAAAAUACAUUAUAUGAUGAGAGUGAAGUUCUAAGUGAUGAUUACAUUAUUCUAUGCAGCUUUAGCCCCCGUAAAUGACCGAAAAACUCAAAAAUUAUAGAUAUUUCUAUUGAACGCUCGAAUAUAGAGUCAGCCGUGAACAAGACCUCUCAGGGGCAAUAAUACAAAGGAGAAGGAAUGUAACACGUUUGAAACCCAACGCUUGCUUCGAUCAUCAGGUUUCCUUAAUCUCACGCUUGUGUUAUUUUUUCUUGUUGUCAAUUGCUUUCGUCAUUAAAUAUUAGCGUAUUCUGUGUGCUUGCUGAGUUGUCGGCUCCUUUUUCUCUUCCAGAUAAUCUAAUUUAAUGCUUCAACACACUAGAUAUCUUCUGGCUAAACUCAAUCCUACCAUAGACUGGACAUUAGAAGAAAGCCUGAAGCUGUGUUACCAUUUUCCUGUGCUACAGAAGGCAUGGUUUUUCUUGGAAGCUGCACCGUGCGAGUAAAGCUUGACUUUAAGGACUAUCCAGUGGUCCAUGUGCAUAUCUGUUCGCGGUUCACAAGCCCAGAACAAAUUUUCUGUUAGCUGAUUAUCGACUUUCUCAUCAAAUCAUCAACGAACAGAAUUCGUUAACUCGUUGCGUAAUCGAAGCAUCAUCUGUCGAUCCAUUCAAAGGAGCGUUAGAUUAACUGAGAGAUCACAGUUACCAUGACUAAUAUAGGUCACCCAGUUUUCCGUCCCAUCAAAACCGAAACCGAUGUGUUAAAGCAGCACUUCAUCAGCAUCCCAAUGAUGAGAUUAAUGGUCUCACUGAGAAACUGUUGCUCAUCAACUGUGUUGUUAAUAAUUUGACUCCGAAAAAAAGUUUUGAUUCUUUCUAAUGAUGAGUGCAUCAUUAAGAACUUCAGUUUAGGGUUGGCCUUAGGAUUAUGAUAUAAAAUAUGGGAUUUAUAAUCAAAUUUCGUAUUCGAAGUUAUGGUAUAUAGUUACAGUAUAGGGUUUGGAUUCUGUUUCACAUCCCAGUUCUUAACCGUAAUCCUGGUCUUAAUAUUAUAAAUCCCUCAUCUUUAUAUUCUGCUCUUAGGUUGACUGUAUGAGCUCAGAACCUGUCAAAAUCAUUUAAAGGGUCUCUCAUGCUUGCCCUGGUACGGCCGAGAGUGGGGAGAGUCCGCUCUCCCUCUCGAAAUACUCUCACACGGCCACGCGUAUAUAGCCUCUGCCAGGGAAGUCCUACUCACUGCCUUCUCGUGGCGGGGGUGUUGUUUACGAAAAUGAGAGGACGAAAAGCGAAUGUCCGGCGCUUUAACCGGAUUCCAAACCAAUGGUGCACAUGGGCUCCAGUAUCCUGCGGGAACAAAUGGCGAAUGAACCAAUUGUUGGUCACCGGCUUUCAUGGGACUGCAUCUCCUUACGAUGCUCCACUGCCUUGUGGAUCAGACCUUUGGGUUGAAGGCUCGGGGUGUGGCCCCCUAAGAUAACCACCUGCUUCGGUUUGGGCACCCGGGCAGUAUCACAGCCCUCACACAUAUAGGAUGAGAUUUGUGUGGCGCAUAUGUAUUUGGUGCCUCUUUGUACCAUUAUCUAUGUGUUGAAUAAUAAUAAUAAAUCAGUUGUACUUUGUGGUGGAGUGAUAGACGAACAGAUAUAUUUAACAAGCCGUACUAUUGACAGAUAUGUAGUGGUUAGCUGCUCAUGGUCAGUUUAUUCACUUUAACUCCGGGUUAUAUUGCUAAUACAGUAUUUAAAUUCAAAGCUAAGUGGUUAAGUCAUCUACAUCAAACGCCAACACUGUAAGGUCCUGAUAUGACGUUUUCUGUUGAAACCACUCAAUGGUUUUUGGGUCAUUGUAGCAAAAAGACUUAAUUCUCUUACGUCGGCAUAUCAUUUCAUUUAUUAACUACAUGCAUAAUAGUAAAACACUCGUAACCUAUUCACCGACUCCUCUCUUUCAGGUGCCCUUCCAUCAUUCUCAACCAGUUAUCUUGUUCAGUUGUGCAUACUACCCAAGCGCCGUUUCGGCGCAUGUUUUUUGUGCCAAAGUUUGCUUUUAGUUCACGGCUGUUUUUACUCCAUAUGUUUGGGCAGUCAUGUUACUUUAGCUCACGUCGCCAGCUUCCUGUUAUAGCUAUUUGUGGAGCCACUGGGACUGGGAAGUCGAAACUAGCAGUAAGCCUCGCCAAUGUUUUCGGAGGUGAGGUCGUCAAUUUCGAUGCCCUUCAAUUGUAUAGUGGGUUAGAUAUUGCAACAAACAAGAUAUCACAUGUCGAGUGUUUAGGUGUCCCACACCAUCUUAUAGGAAUCUAUCCUCCAGAAUUCGGACAUAGAUAUGAUGUUCAUUCAUAUCGAGACAUCUGUUUACCGCUGAUUGAAAAUAUAAGAUAUAUCAGGAAAAAGUUACCUAUUCUUGUUGGUGGAACUCAUUAUUAUUUGGAAGCUAUUUUAUGGCAAGAUUUUCUAGCUUCAAAACGUACUAUUUUCGAUGCAACAAGUGAAUUCGAUAGUGAAGUUUCUUUUGGGCAUCCAUUAGAAUGCUAUGAUCUUUUGCGUACUCUGAAACCAGAUGUAGCUGCACGAUUGCAUCCGAAUAAUGUUCGUAAAGUAAAGAAAGCACUUCUCGAUGUUCUGAAAGGAUCUAUUCAGACUAAAACACAAACUGAAUUGAAUGAAAAUAUAGAAAAUGUAGAUUUGGGAAAACAAGUGUUAAAUCGAUCUAUUAAACCUCGAUAUCCUGGAGAGUCGCUCAUAUUAUGGCUGGACUGUGCUUCCGAUGUUUUGAAUACCCAAUUGAAUAAGCGAGUGAAUAUAAUGUUGGAUUCCGGGUUAGUUGAUGAAUUGGACACUUUUCUUGACAAAGUGAAUGUUUUGCCACAUAGAUUCAGUGAGACUGAAACACCUGAUACGCCUGACAUUGCAAAACGAACUCGAGUGGAAAAAUUAAGGGCAUUGUUUGCUCAAGAGUUGGAGUCAGUCUCAGAUCCUAUGACUCGUCGUGGCCUACUUCAAAGUAUCGGACUCAAAGAAUUUUCAGAUUAUUUAGCUUUAUUACCAGAAGAACGUGACACUAUUGAGGCAAAUACUCUUCUGAAGCAAGCAACAGAGAACGUUAAAACAGCCACUCGGCAGUAUGCACGUCGUCAGGUUUCUUGGAUUAGAAAUCGAUUUUUACGACGUCCUAUAGAAGGUAGCAUUCCUGUUUAUCGUAUAGAUGUGACAGAUUUUUUAAACUCUGAAUCUCAAGAUAUUUGGACUAAGACAAUUAUUGCACCAACUGUACGCUUAGUCUACAAUGAAUUAAUAAAAAAAGAUGAUUUACUUUUUGAAAAUUUAAAAAACAAUGAUUAUCUAAAAAGUUUACUUGAGAUUUGUCCUGAAAAUUCUUGUCUUAAAGAAGAAUCAUUAAUUUUGCCUAAAUCUUUUACUGAAUCAAAAAACAAUAACAACAAUUCUCCAUUCAUUUGUUCAAUAUGUUCAAAUAGAAUAUUUACACAAAUCGAUGGUUGGGAAGCUCAUUUAAAUAGUAGAUCUCAUCGGAAACGUGCAACAAAAUAUAAAAAAAGAUUACUUAUAGAGAAAGCAAUGAAAAAUUUAUCAUCAUAAUAUUUUAUUAAAUAGAUAAUGUUUUGUAUAAAAGUUGUUUUGUUUUGUUUUUCUCAAUAAAAUAUAUUACAUUAAUA